AUGUCAGAUAUUAACGAAUGCCUAAAGAACCCUUGUCUCAAUAAUAGAUUCACCUGUGAAAAUACUUAUGGGUCUUACCAUUGUCUGGUAGCCGACUCCAAGCCUCCUAUUGGAGCGGCCAUAAUAGGUAUUAGCAGCAGCCUUGGACUAUUGGUUCUAUUUGUUGGUGGAUGGUGGUCCUACAAAGUUGUAAAGCAUAGGAGGAUGAUUAAACAGAAGAACAAGUUCUUCAAACGAAAUGGUGGUUUAUUGUUACAACAACAAUUAUCUUCACAUGAAGCCAAUGUUGAGAACAUCAAGCUGAUUAAUUCAAAAGAGUUGGAGAAGGCCACUGACAAUUUUAAUGAAAAUAGAAUACUUGGCCAGGGAGGACAAGGCACUGUUUAUAAAGGCAUGUUGGCAGAAGGAAGAAUUGUUGCAGUGAAAAAGUCAAAGGUAAUUGAUGAAGGAAAACAGCUCGAAGAAUUCAUCAAUGAAGUUGUUAUUCUUUCACAACUUAACCACAGAAAUGUGGUUAAGCUAAUUGGAUGUUGUUUGGAGACAGAAGUUCCCAUGCUAGUUUAUGAAUAUGUUCCUAACGGAACUCUUUCCCAAUAUGUCAAUGGCCAAACUCAGGAGUUUCCACUAACGUGGGAUAUGCGCUUACGAAUUGCAACAGAAGUUGCAGGAGCUUUAUUCUAUUUACACUCAGCAGCUUCCACACCCAUUUACCAUCGGGAUAUAAAGUCUACAAACAUACUCUUAGAUGAUAAAUAUAGAGCUAAAGUAGCUGACUUUGGGACUUCAAGAUCCAUCACUGUUGAUCAAACUCACCUAACCACAUCACUAGUGCAUGGUACUUUUGGAUACUUGGACCCUGAGUAUUUCCAGUCAAGUCAGUUUACAGAAAAGAGCGAUGUUUAUAGUUUCGGUGUUGUCCUUGCUGAGCUGUUAACUAGCGAAAAAGCAAUAUCUUCAACAAGGACACAAGAACCCAGAAGUUUAGCCGUGUACUUCAUUCAAUCGGUGGAGCAAAACAAUUUGUUUGAUAUUAUUGAUAGUCGAGUUUUGAAAGAGGGUAAGAAAGAAGAGAUAAUUGCGGUCGCGAACCUUGCUAAAAGGUGCUUGAACUUAAAUGGGAAGAAACGACCAACAAUGAGAGAAGUCACAAUAGAGUUACAAGCAGUUCAAAUGUUGCAAAAGGGUGCUAACCUUCAACAAAACUAUGAAGAGCUUGAAUAUGUUGGAGCUGAAGUGUACGAGCUAUGGGAUGCUGCUCCCACAUCAAUUGUGUCAACCGCCUCCAUAGACGCCCAACCAUUAUUAUAGUCAUAAUUAAUAUUUGUAUAAUGUCAUGUUGUAUGCUACAUAAUUUAUUGUUUUCUUUGUAUUCCUACAAGUACUUUCAAGAAUCAUUCAAGAACAUGGAU